AUGUCGAUGACUCCAUACAACGAGCGAGAUCUCUAUCCAUCCAGCAGCAAUCCCGACGAUGGAAAUGAAUCAGUAGAUUCAUCAGAUACUCAGGAUAAUGCUACACCUACGACUGAUGACAGUGCUGGCAGUAAUUUCGCAAAAGAUUCGUCCCGGAUUGAACCGCAUACUCUGAUACAUCUGUUCCAAUGCCCGCUUUGCUCGCUACCACUGCGAAUCCCCUUUCGUCUUCCCUGUGGAAAGACGAUCUGCCGUUCUUGUCUGCCGCCGUUGAAGCGAAGGGAAGGGAUUUCGUAUUUGCAGGGAAGUAUUAAUGGUAGUAGUGAAGGCCGAAGGGAGGAAGGGUUCGUGUGUCCUUGGAAGGAUAAAGGAUGUGGGAAUGAGCAGAUCCCGGCUGAACAUGCGCUGGAUGAUUGUGGGGUUGAUGUUGUCUUGGGAAGAAUUCUGGAUGUUUUUGAGAAGGUGGUGAAAGAUUACGAGGAUGGACAGCGGCAGUGGGCUGGUACUGAUGUGUGUGUGCGGUGGAAUACAACGACGCUUGCUGCUGAGGAAGUCGUUGAAAACAAAACAGAGAGUAACGAAGCGAUGAUAUACCCUACGAAACAGGUACAUAAAGCUACCUUACGCGCUGGUCGCUACUUGGGUACAUACCUGCUGGCUCGGGAAGGGGGUCUACCCUACGAUGCGAAAGAUGUCAUCUACGAGGAAAUCACGACCAUCAAUGACCCAGAAAAAGAAUUACUUAACGAUGACUCAAGUACCAAACUCGAUGAAUUCAUAUAUGAACAGCUCAAAACCGCAAUCAGAGACGAACUCGACUGUCAAGUAUGCUACAGCCUGAUGUACGAUCCUUGCAUAUCUCCCUGCGGCCAUAGUUUCUGUUACGAAUGCGCGAACCGCAUCAGAGAUAACUCCAACCUCUGCCCUCUCUGUCGGAAAAAGAUGUACAUCUCCUUCCGUGAGGGGUCCGAUCCAGUUCACGCUGUUCUACGUUGUUUGCUAGACGCCUUCUACACCGACGAAAUCAAAGCUCGGAAGGAAGCCAUCGAGGAAGAUGGAACAUACGAUGAUGACGAAAUACCUCUAUUUGUCUGUACGCUAGCGUUCCCAUCAACACCAACAUAUCUUCACAUCUUUGAGCCGCGUUAUCGCCUUAUGAUCCGUCGCGCACUAGAUUAUGGAAAUAGUAAGUUUGGUAUGGUCAUUCAUAACCUUUAUCAUGAUCUAGCGGCGCAGGCGCAUCCAGAUCAUCCGCCGGAGCCAUUUAUGCAAUUCGGAACGGCUGUUAGAAUCGAAUGGAGGGACUUUUUGCCUGAUGGUAGGAUAAUGUUGACUGCUGUGGGGACACAUAAAUUUAAAGUACUUCGUUAUGGAAUGCUAGAUGGAUAUUAUCGCGCUCACACGCAGCGCGUCGAUGACAUCAGUCUCGCAGAGGAGGAAAUCCUAGAAGCACGUGAAUUAGCAGCAGCGGCGAGCCGAAAUAAUCAAACGGCAGAUAGCUCGCCACUCAACGCACUAUCGACUCCACAGCUGAUGCAGAUCUGUAUGGACUUUCUCGAAAAGCAACGCACAAACUCUGCGCCGGCGGUGCGUGAAAGAGUCAAUAGGGUGUUUGGUCAACCGCCUACAGACCCAGCCAUCUUCCCGUAUUGGUUUGCGAAUGUUCUACCCAUACCGGACGAAGAGGCAUACAAAAUCAUACCCUUGACUAGUGUGCGCGAACGACUCAAAGUUGCAGCGACAUGGCCGGAUAUGCUUGAAGAUAGUGGAUGGUACGUUUCCUUCUCAUCUAACAAAGACGUUAAGCUCAUCAAUCACCAGGUCAAUAUCAACCUCCUCCUGCACCAUACUGUGACUCCUCAUCCCCUUUCUCUUGAUCAGCCUUUUUAG